AUGAAACGGGGCUAUUGUUGAUCAUUUCUCAGCCCUAGCAGUUUCUUUGGCGAAUGGAAGAAGUUGAUGAUGAUUUCAGCGAUCUCUACGCCGACGACGUUCAAAUACCGGCGAUCUCCGAUCAUCUCUAUAACACACACUUGCCUUUCAAGAAGAUUGCCGGUUCUUCUUGCCAAAUUUUUGCUCAUUCAGGCAAUGUGUUUCAAGAUUCUACCGAGGAAUCUCACCGUCUGGCUGCCUACGACAAUGAUACAUCAGAUGAUGAUGACUUGAAGAUCGUUCUGAAUGAUGAUUGCAAUGUAGUUGCUCCGGUUAUAACCGUCAAUGGAGGUUUGAACGUCGAUGAGGAGAAUGGAGAUUUUGACGGUUAUGACAAUGUAGGAAACUUACAGAGAACGAACAACUGGUCGAAUCCAGAUGAUCGAGUGUUUAGUCACAAUGGUGCCGACACUGGAUACAUGUCGGGCCACUUACAUUACAAGUACUCCAGCCUCCAGAGAAUGGAUUCAAAAGCAAAUGGAGAAGAUUGCUUGCUGGAACGAUCAGCCUCAGAAGUAGCUCAAAACUGCUUGGCUUUCUCGCUCCCUUGGUAUAGGACUAUUUUCGAUGUAAACGUCUGCACAUUUGAGCAUAAACCAUGGACAUUUCCUGGAGCAGAUGUAUCUAAUUACUUCAAUUUUGGAUUUGAUGAGAAAGGCUGGAAGCACUACUGCAAUCAGCUGGAUAACCUAAGAAGACUAAAGUCUCCGUUGUCCAACCACUAUUCAAGGCUUAAGGCAUAUGAAGUUGGAGCAAGUGAACAUGGUGAAGAGAUGGAAGAAGUUUCUUCUGCAUUCCUGAAUGAAACACAGGGCAGUGCUAUUCAGGUUCAAGAAAGUACUGUUGAUCGCCAACCCAGCAUUGAUGCAAAAUGGUCAACUGAUCGCGAUUCAGAAGCUAUACAGGUUUAUUUAUUUAUUUCUUAA